UAAUUCGCAGUUGUUUUUGUCAAUGUCAACCGAUCAUGUCCAGCAGUGAAUCAUCCAGAUUUGAAACAAGUUACAACCAGGACCAGAGGAUCGAACAACAUUUGAAGAAUGAACGAGAAAUGGAAAGAGCUGCAGACAGAGACCUCGAAGAACAGAGAGAACUUACUUUCGCCACUGUGUUCGCUAGGAAAAGUCUGCCUAUUUUCAACUUACCUGCGUUGAGAAUUACAAAAUUCACCAGCUCGAAAAUAAGGUUCAGGUUCGAACCGUCCAAAAUUUCUGAUCACGUCAGUAAGAAAGUCAUAUUCCAUUGCUCGAUGGAGUAUUACAAAGAAUAUAGCAGGUGGCACAUAAAAAGAGACUCGUUUCCUGUCAACUACAAACCAAGAAUUUACCAGCUGUUUUUCGAUAACAACUUCUUUAUCAUAGGCGAUGGAAAUGUUGUAGAAGUCAUUUUUGCUCUCGACAGAAUUCUGAGGGACUGGACCAACCGGGAGGAGGAGUUUCGAAUGGAGAAGUUCAUGAGAUUUCAAAAUGGAGAAUUGGAAGAUCUUGAGCUCGAUACAGAUGACGAGGAGUUAUUCCUCGAUGAAAGUCAGAGAAUUGAACUGCAUAGAAAACGUACCUCAAUAUUGAGAAGAAUGCUUCCACCUAGAGAUGGAAAACGUCAGAGGAGAAGAAGAAUAAUAGAAAUAGAGUCGGACUGAAGCAUUACGAAAUAUAUUUUCCCAUUUAUUGGUCACAGUUUUGCUGUAGGGUCAGAUGAGUUUUUAAAUAUUUGUUUACAUAUUUACACAUAUACCUGGCAUUUAUAUUUACAGUUAUCCUUUGUUAGACUAUCUGGCAAUAAUAGAUAAUAUUUAAUGUUAA